AAUGUAGGACAAGUCUUACUGGCCUGGCAAGGGUCCCACCUAAUUCCUCAUGACGUGUUCAGUGCAGGUGACACCUCCUGGAAGGUGUGGAUAGGCAGCUAAUUUCAUGGAGAGUAGGAGGUUCAGCUCAUUUUUUUUCUUCUUCUUCACAGUGGGGCAUUAUCUGAAUGGUAUUCAUUCUCUCUCUUGAGUCUGGACUUCAAACAACAAGCAGCAACUGGAGGUUAUUUUAAUAUAAGCAGAAACCACUGAAAGAUACUGGUCUGGGUCCUUAUUUGAGAGGAAGAGUUGGUUGAGAAGUGCUCCUGGGUCAAGAAUUAAGCCAAUCGUUGCACAGGAAAAUAACAUCCGUGGCAGAGAACAUCUGUGGGUUUCUUACCCCAGUCGACACGGAAGCUAUGCCGUGAAAAGACUUCUGGCCCAUUGACACACAAGUUGGACCAAUUCUUUUUUUUUUUUUUUUUUUGAGGGGUGGAGGAAAAAAAGAAAAAAAAUAUUGUUUGGUGUGUUUGAAGGAUGGCCUCCCAGUUUCACCAGCUUCGGAUCCUGGUCUGGAAGAACUGGCUAGGUGUCAAAAGGCAGCCGCUUUGGACACUUGUCUUGAUUUUAUGGCCAGUCAUUAUUUUUAUAAUUUUGGCUAUUACCCGGACCAAAUUUCCUCCAAGAGCAAAACAAACUUGUUACCUUGCACCUCGAAACCUUCCUAGUACUGGCUUCUUCCCGUUCCUGCAAACCCUACUGUGCGACACAGAUUCUAAAUGCAAAGACACACCCUAUGGCCCACAGGAUCUGCUUCGCAGGAAAGGGAUUGACGACGCGUUAUUUAAAGACAGUGUGAUUCUGAGAAAGUCGUCCAACCUGCUGAAGGGCAGCAAUUUAUCACUCCAGAGCACUGAAGUUCCAGAAAGGAGACAUGCAUCACCAGCCACUGUAUUUCCCAGUCCACGUUCUCAUUUGGAAAGUGCUGGAACAGAUACCUUCAAUGGUAGCCAAGUCCUUGCCAGGAUCCUUGAUUUGGAAAAGCUAUUAAAUCAAAAUUCAACUUCAGAAGACAUACGAAGAGAGCUGUGUGAGAGCUACCCAGGAUACACUGCUGAUUACACCUUUUCUUGGACUACUCUAGGGAAAAAUGUUUUAAACAAAUUUUGCCUGUCCAAUAUGACCCUUUUAGAGUCUUCUCUCCAAGAAUUAACAAAUCAAUUCUCUCAGAUAUCAAGGGACCCCAAUAACCAGAAGACAGUAUUUCAGGAUAUGGUCAAAAUUCUAUCCCUCUUCUCAAAAGUGCAAGAGCAGACAGCUGUGUGGCAGCUUCUCUCUAGUUUUCCAGAUGUGUUUCAGAAUGACACGACACUAAGCCAUGUAUUUGAUGUUCUUCGAAAUGCAAACAGUGCGCUGCUGGUCGUGCAGAAGGUUUUUCCACGUCUCACAACUAACGAAGGUUUCAGAACUCUCCAUAAAUCUGUUAAACAUCUGCUGUACACUCUGAACUCCCCAGCUCAAGGCACCUCUGAUAAUACAACGCAUACAUGGAAUGAAGAAGAUGCCCAUUCACUUUCUCCAAGCAGCCUGGCUGCACAGCUCCUACUACUAGAAAACUUUGAAGAUGCCCUCUUAAAUAUAUCAGCAGAUAGUCCUUAUAUUCCUUACUUAGCAUGUGUGAGAAAUGUCACUGACAACUUGGCCAGGGGAUCACAAGAAAAUUUAAGGCUCCUGCAGUCCACAAUUCGAUUUAAAAAAUAUUUUCUUCAAAAUGGUUCUUAUGAGGAUCACUUCCCUUCACUUCCUGAAGUCCUAAAAUCAAAAGUGUCUCAGCUUCGACACUUGACCAAACUUCUUUGUGAGCCUGAAACUUUCAGUUCAGUGGAGAAAAUGUGCCAGCUCUCCGGCAUGAACUUCAGAAGCCUGUGUGAAGAGAGUGCGUUCCAUGUGCAGCUCCUUGAAGCCGCAGAGCUCGGCACCGAAAUAGCCACCAGCUUAUUAUACCAAGACAACAUCAUAUCUAAAAAUCUGAAGGACCUGCUUACUGGGGAUUCCAUCAAAAUUAACUUAAAUAUGGAUCAGUUUCUAGAACAAGCGUUGCAAAUGAAUUACUUGGAAAACAUUACACGAUUAAUACCGGCCAUAGAAGCCACACUGCAUGUCAAUAACAGUGCAGACACUUCUGAAAAGCCAGGUCAAUUAAUCGAAAUGUUUAAAAAUGUUGAAGAGCUGAAAGAAGAACUAAGGAGAAUGACAGGAAUGCCCAAUAGGAGUAUCGACAAUUUGCUGGCCAUUCCUAUUCCGGACAACAGAGCUGAGAUUAUUUCUCGUGUGUUCUGGUUGCAUUCUUGUGAUGCUAAUAGGACCAAUCCCAAACUGGAAGAUGCGAUGAAGGAAUUCUGCAGCCUGCCUCUUCCCGAGAGAUCCCGCCAGUCUUACCUCAUCGGAAUCACUCUGCUGCACUACUUAGACAUCUACAACUUCACAUACAAGGUGAUUUUCCCCAGGGAAGAUCAAAAGCCAGUAGAAAAGUUGAUAGAACUCUUCAUGAAGCUAAAAGGCAUUCUCAACCAGCUGGCUUCCGGCACCCGUCCGCUGCUCAGCAAAAUGAGGUCCCUGAAGCAAAUGCAUCUGCCCAGAAGUGUCCCCUUAACGCAGGCAAUGUACAGAAGCAACCGGAUGAGUGCAACUCCAGGGUCAUUUAGUACCAUCUCCCAAGCGUUGUGUUCCCAAGGAAUUACCACUGAAUACUUAACCGCCUUGCUGCCCUCCUCCCAGAGGCAAAAAGGCAACCACACCAAAGAUUUUCUGACUUAUAAAUUAAGUAAAGAGGAAAUUGCUGAAAAAUAUGGAAUUCCCAUGCAUGCCACACCCUUUUGCUUCUCCCUUUAUAAAGACAUCAUUAACAUGCCUGCUGGACCUGUGAUUUGGGCUUUCUUGAAACCUAUGUUGCUGGGAAAGAUUUUGUAUGCACCAUAUACUCCAGUCACAAAGGCAAUAAUGGAAAAGUCUAAUGUAACUCUGAGGCAGCUGGCAGAAUUAAGAGAAAAAUCUCAGGAGUGGAUGAAUCAGUCACCACUUUUCAUGAAUUCCUUCCAUCUGUUAAACCAGACGAUUCCAAUGCUCCAGAAUACACUGAGGAACCCGUUUGUACAAGUUUUUAUAAAAUUCUCCGUGGGACUUGAUGCCGUUGAACUAUUGAAACAGAUAGAUGAACUCGAUAUUCUAAGGCUGAAAUUAGAGAACAGCAUCGACCUCAUUGAUCAUCUCAACACACUAUCUUCCCUGACAGUAAAUAUUUCCUCCUGUGUAUUAUAUGACCGCAUUCAGGCAGCAGAAAGUGUAGAUGAAAUGGAGAGAGAGGCUGAAAGACUCUACAAAAGCAAUGAACUCUUCGGAAGUGUUAUAUUUAAGCUUCCUUCUAACACAAGCCAAUACAGAGGCUAUGAAUCUGAUGAUGUCUCUCUUCCUCCUGUCGUAAAAUAUACCAUCCGCAUGAGUCUCAAGACCUCACAGACCACAAGAAACAUAAGGGCCAAGAUUUGGGCCCCGGGGCCGCAUAAUUCUCCAUCACACAACCAGAUCUAUGGCCGGGCUUUUGUUUACUUACAGGAUAAUAUUGAAAGAGCAAUCAUUGAAUUGCAGACUGGAAGGAACUCCCAGGAAAUAGCAGUCCAGGUCCAAGCAAUUCCUUACCCCUGCUACAUGAAAGACAACUUCCUAACCAGUGUCUCUUAUUCUCUUCCAAUCGUGCUCAUGGUUGCCUGGGUUGUAUUUAUAGCUGCAUUUGUCAAAAAGCUUGUUUAUGAGAAAGACCUCCGGCUUCAUGAGUACAUGAAGAUGAUGGGUGUGAACUCCUCCAGUCAUUUUUUUGCCUGGCUGAUCGAGAGUGUUGGGUUUUUGCUGGUUACAAUUGCCAUCCUCAUCUUUAUCCUCAAGUUUGGCAAUAUUCUUCCUAAAACCAAUGGGUUCAUUCUGUUCCUGUAUUUUUCGGACUAUAGCUUGUCAGUUAUUGCCAUGAGCUAUCUCAUCAGUGUCUUUUUUAACAACACCAACAUCGCUGCUCUGAUCGGAAGCCUCAUAUACAUCAUUGCCUUUUUCCCGUUUAUUGUUCUGGUCACAGUUGACGAUGAGUUGAGCUAUGUAGUGAAAGUAUUCAUGAGCCUUCUGUCGCCAACGGCAUUCAGUUAUGCAAGUCAAUACAUUGCACGAUAUGAGGAGCAGGGCAUUGGUCUUCAGUGGGAAAAUAUGUACAGUUCCCCUGUUCAGGAUGACACCACCUCCUUUGGCUGGCUGUGCUGUCUAAUUCUAGCUGACUCUUUCAUUUACUUCCUUAUUGCUUGGUAUGUCAGGAAUGUUUUCCCAGGUACAUAUGGCAUGGCAGCCCCGUGGUAUUUCCCAAUCCUUCCUUCCUAUUGGAAGGAGCGAUUUGGAUGCGCAGAGGUGAAGCAUGAGAAAAGCAAUGGCCUUAUGUUCACUAAUAUCAUGAUGCAGAACACCAACCCAUCUGCCAGCAAGACAAGUCCUGAAUACAUGUUUCCUUCCAACAUUGAGCCUGAACCUAAAGAUCUCACAGUUGGAGUUGCCCUGCAUGGAGUCACAAAGACCUAUGGCUCGAAAAUUGCUGUUGAUAACCUCAAUCUGAACUUUUAUGAAGGGCACAUCACUUCAUUGCUAGGACCCAAUGGAGCAGGGAAAACUACUACCAUCUCCAUGUUGACUGGGCUGUUUGGGACCUCAGCAGGUACCAUCUUUGUUGACGGGAAAGAUAUCAAAAAGGACCUGCACAACGUGCGGAAGAGCAUGGGCGUCUGCAUGCAGCAUGACGUCCUGUUCAGUUACCUCACCACCAAGGAGCACCUCCUCUUGUAUGGCUCCAUCAAAGUUCCCCACUGGACCAAAAAGCAGCUGCACGAGGAAGUGAAAAGGACUUUAAAAGAUACUGGACUGUAUAGUCAUCGUCAUAAGAGAGUUGGAACAUUGUCAGGAGGCAUGAAGAGGAAGUUAUCCAUAUCCAUAGCUCUCAUUGGUGGAUCAAGGGUGGUCAUUUUGGAUGAACCGUCCACUGGAGUUGACCCAUGUUCUCGCCGAAGUAUAUGGGAUGUCAUAUCCAAGAACAAAACUGCCAGAACAAUCAUCCUGUCAACACACCACUUGGAUGAGGCCGAAGUGCUGAGCGACCGCAUUGCCUUCCUGGAGAUGGGGGGGCUCCGCUGCUGCGGGUCACCGUUCUACCUCAAGGAGGCGUUUGGGGAUGGGUACCACCUCACGCUCACCAAGAAAAAGAGUCCAAAUCUAAAUGCAAGUGCAAUAUGUGACACGAUGGCUGUGACAGCAAUGAUCCGGUCACACCUCCCUGAAGCCUACUUGAAGGAGGACAUCGGGGGAGAGCUUGUUUAUGUCCUUCCUCCAUUUAGCACCAAAGUCUCAGGGGCCUACCUAUCACUCCUAAGAGCGCUGGACAACGGCAUGGGUGACCUCAACAUCGGGUGCUAUGGCAUUUCAGAUACCACCGUGGAGGAGGUCUUUCUGAACUUGACUAAAGAGUCGCACAAACCCAGUAAUAUGAGUCUUGAGCACUUAACACAAAAGAAGAUUGGAAAUUCCAGUACCAAUGGCAUCUCAACUCCUGAUGAUUUAUCUGUGAGCAGCAGCAACUUCACAGACAGAGAUGACAAAAUCCUGACAUCAGGAGAGAGACUGGAUGGUUUUGGACUGUUACUGAAGAAGAUAAUGGCUAUCCUCAUUAAGAGGUUCCACCACACCCGCAGGAACUGGAAAGGUUUCGUUGCCCAGGUCAUCCUCCCCAUCGUCUUUGUCACCACUGCCAUGGGCCUCGGCACACUGAAAAAUUCCAGUAACAGUUAUCCCGAGAUCCAGAUCUCCCCAUCUCUGUAUGGUACCUCUGAACAGACAGCUUUCUAUGCGAAUUCUAACCCAAGCACAGCAGCACUGGUCUCCGCAAUGUGGACCUUCCCUGGCAUCGACAACAUGUGUUUGAACUCCAGUGAUAUAAGCUGUUUAGAAAAAGACAGUCUGGGAAAAUGGAACAGCAGUGGAGAACGUAUCAGUAACUUUGGAGUUUGCUCUUGCUCGGAAAAUGUCCAGGAAUGUCCUAAGUUUAACUACUCUCCACCUCACAGAAGAACUUAUUCUUCCCAAGUAAUUUAUGACCUCACUGGGCACCGCUUGGAAAAUUAUCUUAUAUCAACUGCUAAUGAGUUUAUGCAAAAAAGAUAUGGAGGUUGGAGUUUUGGGCUGCCUUUGACUAAUGACCUCCGUUUUGAUGUAACAGCAGUUCCUGCCAAUAGAACACUUGCCAAGGUGUGGUAUGAUCCAGAAGGCUAUCACUCCCUUCCAGCGUACCUCAACAGCCUGAAUAAUUUCCUCCUGCGACUUAACAUGUCAAAAUAUGAUGCUGCCCGACACGCCAUCAUCAUGUAUAGUCACCCUUAUCCAGGCGUGCAAGACCAAGAACAAGCCACAAUGAGCAGCCUCAUCGAUGUCCUAGUGGCCCUCUCCAUCCUGAUGGGCUACUCUGUCACUACUGCCAGCUUUGUCACCUAUGUUGUAAGGGAGCAUCAGACCAAAGCCAAGCAGUUGCAACACAUUUCAGGCAUCGGUGUGACAUGCUACUGGGUAACAAAUUUCAUAUAUGACAUGGUCUUCUACUUGGUGCCCGUAGCAUUUUCAAUUGGUGUCAUUGCAAUUUUCAAGUUACCUGCUUUCUACAAUGGGAACAACCUAGGUGCUGUAUCUCUCCUACUCCUGCUAUUUGGGUAUGCCACAUUUUCUUGGAUGUAUUUGCUGGCUGGGAUCUUCCAUGAAACAGGAAUGGCUUUCAUCACUUAUGUCUGCAUCAACCUUUUCUUUGGCAUCAAUUCCAUUGUUUCCUUGUCGGUGGUAUACUUUCUGUCCAAGGAAAAGCUUAACGAUCCGACUUUAGAACUUAUUUCUGAAACCCUCAAGCGCAUUUUCCUGAUAUUCCCACAAUUCUGUUUUGGCUACGGAUUGAUUGAACUUUCUCAGCAACAGUCGGUCCUGGACUUCUUAAAAGCAUACGGUGUGGAAUACCCAAGUGAAACCUUUGAGAUGGAUAAACUAGGUGCAAUGUUCGUGGCUUUGGUUGCUCAGGGCACCAUGUUCUUUUUCUUGCGACUCUUAAUCAAUGAAUGGCUAAUAAAAAAAUUCAGACUCUUCUUCAGAAAAUUUAAUUCUUCACCUGUAAUUGAGACAAUAGAUGAAGAUGAAGAUGUGCGGACUGAGAGAUUAAGAGUUGAGAAUGGUGCAGGCGAAUUUGACCUGGUCCAACUCCAUCGUCUCACCAAGUCCUACCAACUUAUCCACAAAAAGAUUAUAGCUGUAAACAACAUCAGCAUUGGGAUACCUGCUGGGGAGUGCUUUGGCCUUCUUGGGGUGAAUGGAGCAGGAAAGACCACUAUCUUCAAAAUGCUGACUGGAGACAUAAUUCCUUCAAGUGGACACAUUCUGAUUAGAAAUAAGACUGGAUCUCUGGCUCAUGUAGACUCUCACAGCUCACUAGUUGGCUACUGUCCUCAGGAAGAUGCCUUAGAUGACCUGGUAACAGUGGAAGAGCAUUUGUAUUUCUAUGCCAGGAUACAUGGAAUUCCAGAAAAGGAUAUUAAAGAAACUGUUCAUAAACUCCUGCGCAGACUUCACCUGAUGCCUUACAAGGACAGGGCUACGUCUCUAUGCAGUUACGGCACAAAAAGAAAACUAUCCACCGCACUGGCCUUGAUCGGGAAGCCUUCCAUCCUACUGCUGGAUGAGCCAAGCUCUGGGAUGGAUCCUAAGUCAAAACGGCACCUCUGGAAGAUCAUUUCGGAGGAAGUACAGAAUAAAUGUUCAGUCAUCCUCACAUCUCACAGUAUGGAAGAAUGUGAAGCUCUCUGUACCAGGCUGGCCAUCAUGGUGAAUGGGAGGUUCCAGUGCAUUGGAUCUUUGCAGCAUAUAAAGAGCAGGUUUGGACGAGGAUUUACUGUCAAGGUUCACGUGAAGAAUACCAAAGCUAGCAUGGAGGCCCUCACAAGGUUCAUGCAACUGCACUUUCCAAAAACAUACUUAAAAGAUCAGCACCUCAGUAUGCUCGAGUAUCAUGUGCCAGUCACGGCAGGAGGAGUAGCAAACAUUUUUGAUCUGCUGGAAACCAACAAGACUGCUUUAAAUAUCACAAACUUCUUAGUGAGCCAGACUACUCUGGAGGAGGUUUUCAUCAACUUUGCCAAAGACCAGAAAUCCUAUGGAAAUGUUGAUACCAGUAUCCAAGGCUCCACCAUAAGUGUUGACUCACAGGAUGACCGGUUGUAGUCCUGAGACUUCCAGCAAACCCGAUCUCAGCAAAGCCAAUGGCUUCAUUUUGAGGAAGAACUGCGGAAGGCACCACUCCCUUGAAGAUGCCACUUCCUUAGGACAUCUUCAUUUGAAAGUGUUAUACUGUAUAGAAAGUUACAAUUAUGUAAGACUAGCAAGUAACUAUACAUGGAGAAUUUUCUUCCUAAGGUUACUGAAUGUUGUUGCUACUGAAAUGAAUUCCUAUCUACUCAAUGCUGUGAGCAUGCUAACGUAUAUGCUGGUGGUUUUUAUGCAAAGAUCAACUACCUGAAGAUGAAUGUCUUAAUUUAUUACUUUCAAUAAAAAGAAACCUUAAAAGGCAUGGUUAUUAGUUGAAAAGUAAGAGUGGAAAAGAAAAAUAAGGUAGCCUGGGGUAGGUAGAAUUGGGAGAACAAAAAAAAAAAAAUUCCAACAAAUAGCAGAAUGAAAAUCAUCAUGAAUAAAUGAAUCUGCUGUGAUGUGCUAAGGGCCAGAUUAGCAUUGGCAGUAAGCAGUGGGCACGAUGUCAUUUUCCAUUCCUGCAAACACUUGGGGACAGACCGAACCCCACCCCCCACAAUGGCUUUCUACAAGAAUGUCAUAGGAAGGCAGUUUGCCCUGGUGGUAAACAGAACUUAGAUGUAUUCCUGAUGUGCCUUGACAAUAGGCAGGCACAGGGCAGAGCAAGACGCUACUUUCUCUUCUGGGAAAAACAGGUGUGUCAGCUGGGCAGACACAAAUCCUGAAAACUGCUAGAGAAUCCAUGUGCUGCUGGCAGGCCAGUGGGUUUGUUUUUUAAGCUCUUACAAAAAGCCUCGUAUUCUGGGUCUCUCUGCAGGAACGAUUCCUGUGGAUAAAAAAUGAACGUGAAGAUAAUUUUCAGCUAAUUACCCGCCUGACCCAGAAUCAUCUCAAUGGCUAUAAGAUUGAUUGACUUCGUAAUAAUGCCAAAUUAUAUGGCCCUCAGGGAAGGUGCUUUAUGUAACAUUUGUGUGUGUGUGUGUGUGUGUGUGUGUGUGUGUGUGUGUGUGUACAAGUUUGCCAGCGUUGGCACAACUAUUUCUGUUUCAAAAAUCAAUAAACUCAAGGUUCAAAAAACAAAUUAAUCACGAAGUCAUUUUAUUUGUUAGGGGAGAGCCAGGGACCUAAAACCUAGAGCCACAUGGCCUACAAGGUCUCAUGUAUGUGCUCCUACUUUCCACCCUCAUCCUUUUCUCCAUUCUCAUCCCUUUCAUCCUUCCCUUCCUCUU